AUGGCUCAAGAGUUCCGCUUAAAGUCUCCCAGUACUCUUGCUGAUCUCAAAGAACUGGACAAAGUCGAAGCCGAGGUCGAUGGCAUCGAAGGCGGUAAGGUACUACUUGUCAAGGUCGACGGCAAGGUAUCAGCUGUCAAUGCCAACUGUACCCAUUAUGGUGCACCACUGAAGAAUGGCGUUCUCACACCCGAAGGUCGAUUGACGUGUCCCUGGCAUGGAGCAUGCUUUAAUGUCAAGUCUGGAGACGUUGAAGACUCCCCCGGUCCAACUGCGUUGCAUACCUUCGACGUCGAGGAAAAGAAUGGCGCAGUCUACGUCAAGGGCAAAGAGAAGGACAUCAAGGAUGGAAAGCGACAAGUCAACAUCAGCACGAAGCCCUCUUCCGAUGAUAAAGUGGUGAUUGUUGGAGGAGGUUCAGGUACAUUCGGAGCCCUACUCAAACUGCGCGAAUUCGGCUUUCCAGGCAAAGUCACUGUCAUUUCGAACGAAGGCUACCCAAUCGAUCGAACAAAACUAUCGAAAGCCCUGAUCACAGAGGCUUCCAAGAUCUACCUGCAACCCGAGCAAUGGUAUGCCGAUGGUAGCAUCAGUUUCGAGUCCGACACCGUCACAUCGAUCGAUUUCUCCUCAAAGGAAGUAAAGACAAAAUUGGGAAAGGCAUAUCCAUACACAAAACUCAUCUUGGCAAGUGGUGGAAUCCCUCGACAACUACCAUUACCUGGUUUCAAAGAUCUAUCCAACAUUUUCCUCCUGAGACAAGUCCAGGAUACACAACAGAUAGUCGAGGCUGUGGGCGACAAGGGUAAGAAGAUCGUGAUCGUAGGGUCCAGCUUUAUCGGAAUGGAAGUCGCCAAUGCUCUUGCAAAGGACAAUACUGUUUCCGUUAUCGGGAUGGAAUCGGUACCACUUGAACGUGUCAUGGGUAAAGAAGUGGGUGAAAUCUUCCAGAAAUCUCUUGAGAAGAACGGCGCCAAAUUCUACAUGAACGCCGGAGUCGAUUCUGCCAUCCCUGCAUCCAAAGUCGCCAAUGCCGUCGGCCUAAGCUCCGUCGGUGCCGUCAAGCUGAAAGAUGGAACCGAGUUGGAAGCAGACCUCGUCAUUCUGGGAAUCGGUGUCCGGCCUGCCACUGACUAUCUCCAAGACAACUCUGCUAUCAAACUGGAGAAAGAUGGCAGCGUGGCAGUAGAUGAGAACUUUGCUGUUAAAGGACUCUCAGAUGUCUGGGCCAUUGGAGACAUCGCGACUUAUCCAUACCACGGACCUGGCGGAGGUGGUUCCCCCGUCCGGAUCGAACAUUGGAACGUGGCGCAGAACCAAGGCCGCACGGUCGGAGCAUUGAUCGCCAAACCCACUCUCAAACCUAAACCAUUCAUCCCGAUUUUCUGGUCCGCCCUUGGCACACAGCUGCGGUACUGCGGUAACACAGUCAAUGGCUAUGACGAUCUGAUCCUCAAGGGCGAACCGGAGAACAGUAAAUUCGUCGCCUACUAUACGAAAGGUGACGAGGUCGUUGCCUUGGCGAGUAUGCAGUGGGAUCCAGUCAUGGCCAAGACCGCUGAACUUAUGCGGAGAGGCAAGAUGUUGAGUAAAUCUGAUCUUCAGGGAGAUAAGGAUCCUUUACAGGCAAGCUUGUAA